CCUUUAUGUAUGUAUUAAGUAGCAGACAUAUUUGCAUAAGAAAUGAGCAAGACAAACGAAAACAACGGUGACGCUUAAAGACACGCGUGUUCUUCUAUCUCGCGCGGAACCGCGCUGCUCGUGUCGCCGCAGAGAGCGCGCGCGCCUGCUUGCUCGCCGUGACUGCGGACCUUCUCACCCAAACCAGCCGUAGCCGGUAUGGCAGUGAAUGAGCGCACCUCCGGCGACUCGAGGAACUGGCGAACAAAACGACUGCACGUUAUAGGGAGAGGGAACUGAAAGAAAAAAAAACAACAACAAUCCUCCAAGCGCAGAAGAAUAACAAAGGAAGGAAAGAAAGCCAAAGCAAGAAAAAAAAAACUAAAAAGCAGUCACUUAUGCACAUGGAAACCAGAGCGCGCAUUCAUUGGGAUUUAGAGGCACAAUUCGAAUUUGGAAGCUCGCAGCAUCAGAAGUGAAGAUUCAAGUCUAGAAUAAAAAAGAAAUGCUGAAACUGAAAUAAAAAAGAAGGCUAGAAUUGGAAGAGGACUUUCAGAUUCUGCUUAUUCAUCAGGAAAGAUUUGACUCAUGACAGGUAUAGGAAAUGGCUAUUAAUUCAGAGGUAAAAUGCAAGCAGGAAGAUGACUGGAAAACUCACCCAGAUAUUGAUGGAGGAUGGGCUUGGAUGAUUGUCUUUGCCUCUUUUAUAAUUCAUGUGUUAAUCAUGGGUUCCCAAAUGGCUCUUGGGAUUUUAUAUGUCGAGUGGUUGGAUGAGUUCAAGGAAAGUCGAGGACUAACUGCAUGGAUUGGCUCAUUGGCAAUUGGCAUCACUUUGAUUGUAGGACCUAUUAUUGGCCUUUUUGUGAACACGUGUGGCUGUCGUAAGACAACAAUUAUUGGAGGCCUUGUGACUGCCUUAGGCUGGACUGUUAGUGCAUACGCUACUAAUGUUUACUAUCUUUUCAUAUCAUUUGGUGUCACAGCUGGUAUAGGGAGUGGAAUGGCAUAUCUGCCUGCUGUUGUGAUGGUUGGACAGUAUUUUCAGAAAAGACGGGCACUGGCACAGGGACUAAGUACCACAGGAACAGGAUUUGGAACUUUUAUUACAUCUGUUCUUUUAAAAUAUCUCUGUAUAGAGUACGGAUGGAGAAGUGCCAUGUUGAUACAUGGUGCAAUCAACCUUAACUUGUGUGUAUGUGGAGCACUUAUGAGACCUUCCCCUGCUCUUCCAUGUCGCAGGCAACUUGGGAAUUGUGAAAAGAAUGAGUGUAAUGAAAAAUUCGAGGAAGAUGACAUUGGCCAGAGUGAGUUCACAGGUUGCUUUGAUACAGAUGCCAUAGAAGAGGCAGGCAAUGAUGAAGAUGAACAGAAUCCACCUCCGGACAAAAUUAGUGAACAGAUGAAGCAAUUAGACUCUAAUGACAAGGACAAAAUGGAAGUUGUGCUCAGAGAAAAAUACCCUGUUAGCAUACUGAAGACAAUAAGUCACGUGACUAGCAACAUGAAACUAGGAUUUUGGAAAUGGUAUUCUAGCUACUUUGGAAACAAAUCCCUCUUCUCUAACAGACUGUUUAUAUCAUUUGUUUUCUGGGCACUAUUUGCAUAUUGUAGCUUUGUCAUUCCUUUCAUUCACUUGCCAGAGAUUGUAAAACUAUAUGGCUUUGAUGAAGAAAAUGAUAAAGUUCCCUUAACUUCAGUUAUUGCAAUAGUUCAUAUAUUUGGAAAGAUUUUUUUGGGCAUGAUAAGUGAUCUACCCACUGUAAGUGCCUGGAAUGUUUUUGUCAUUGCUAAUAUGACUAUGUGUGUUUGCAUUUUUAUUUUACCUUUGAUGCACACUUUUGCAGGACUUGCUAUCGUGUGUGCUUUAAUGGGAUUUUCAAGUGGCUAUUUUUCAGUGAUGCCUGUUGUGACAGAAGAUUUAGUAGGAUUAAAUAAUCUUGCUAAUGCUUAUGGCAUUAUUAUUUGUGCAAAUGGGAUAUCGGCUUUAUUGGGACCACCAGUUGCAGGAUGGAUCUUUGAUGUUUCGAAUAAGUAUGACUAUUCUUUCUACCUCUGUGGUUUGCUUUACCUGGUUGGAAUUGGAUGCUUACUUAUUAAACCUUGUCUCCAAAAGCAGAGUUCAGAAAUGACAAACGAGCAGAAUGUUAAAACCUAAGCAACUUGUUUAUUCCCCUGCUACUUUGUACUGAACAUAAAUAACACAAAUAACUUUAAGCAUGAAACACUUUAUCUUUUCAAGGGACUCAGUAUGGCAUGACAUAGCACAAUGACAAUAUCUUGUUUGCUAUGAAUCGAUUGGUUUUUGAAAUUUUAACCAGUGUGUUCUUUUAUGAUAUUUGUUUUAUAUUUUUGACAGUGGACAAUUAAUCUCUUCAAAAAAAGUAGCAUAGUUUUUUUCAUAGAAAAUGUAUUCAGUUUUAAGGGAUAAGUAAAUAAAUGUUUUUCUCUAUUUCAGCAAGUGCAUUUACACCAAAUUUUAAAUAAUGCAGACUCUUUUUUAUUCAUAUAUUCUUACCCUUGACAAUAUAAGCAGUUUAAAGGAAUACUUUUAAUUAACAGAGCAAUAAGACUAGGUAUAUAUGUAACCACAGAACCCGGGAAAAAUGUAAUGGCGCUAGUUUCUAAAAAGGGUUACAAUGCAUGGUGUGUACCUGACAUGAGGGGAUUGUAGAUCUUAUGCACAUACUGUACAUUUGCAUUACAUUAGUUAUAUUUAUUUAGUUCACUUUUUUUGUUUUACUUUCUAUUUUUGUUUAAUAUUCUAGAAUGGUACAAGACAGAAGGUGGCAUAUAUUUGUAUUCUGCUUUUUGGACAUUGACUUAGUGAGAGUGAAAUGUCCUACAUUUAAAUAAUAAUAAAAAAAACAGUAUAAAGGAUACCUACAGCUUUAACAAUAUUUUAUGGAUGUGAUUCAUUCAAAGCCUCCAAUAUUAAUGUGCCACCAAAAAUGCAUGCACAUAUAAAUGUCAAUGCAAAAUGUGAUACAGAUGCGAAAAUAAGAGAAAAGAAUGCCAAUUUUAGGAAGUUACUCUUACCAAAUAUAUUUACAAUUGCAUAAACAAAGUAUGAAGUACUCCAGACUUACAUAUUCUUGUAUCUGCGUUCAUUUCUGAAGCAGAAGUUACCACUGUCUUUGAGAGGUCUCUAUCAAUGGGGGAAAAUGUCAAGGAAUCUAAACUGCUUUUACAUCUUCAUGUACAGUAUUUAGAAUGUUUAGCCUAUUUGUCUGUGAAUUAAGAUGCCUUUAAUUGCUUGGUUUUAUUGAGAAAAAUAAUGUUUCAGGGAAAGUUACGUUGCAAAUGCCAUAUAAAAUUAUGAUCUUCAUUGUGCAUUAGGCGAUGCUUAGUGAAGAUGGUGCUGCUUCCCUUUCCUAGCUGGAGCCCAGUCAUCUGGACAACUGUGAAGUGAUAUUUUGUAUUAAUAUAGUUAGUUUAUUUUGUAUGUACUCAGUUGAAUGAUUUCUGUUGCUGUCUGUCAUAAAUAAAAUUAUACUGUUUGAUUUA